AUGGAAAAUCAGACAAUUAUUACUGAAUUCCUUCUGUUGGAACUUUCAAGUGAUCCACAAGUAAAGUGGCUCCUCUUCUUUGGGUUUAUAAGCAUAUACACUGGAACACUAUUAGCAAAUUCUAUGAUCAUAUUGGUAAUCAGAAAUGAGCCUCGUCUUCACACUCCCAUGUUCUUCUUUCUCAGACAUCUAGCCAUGGUGGACAUUUGCUAUUCAUCUGUUACAGUUCCAAAGAUGCUAGAAAACUUUGUGGGAAAGCAGAAAUCCAUUUCAGUGGAGGGAUGCUAUGCACAGAUCUUCUUUUUCAUCCAUUUUAGUGGUGUGGAAGUUUAUUUGCUUUCAACAAUGGCAUAUGAUCGCUAUGUUGCUAUCUGUGACCCCCUACAUUAUUCAACAAUUAUGAAAAAACAAAUGUGCAGGCAGCUGGUGGGGGCAGCCUGGGCAAUGGGUUUAUUCGAUGCUGUUGUCAACACAGUGCCUUUAAUACAUUUGACCUUCUGUGGACUCAACAGAAUCAGCCACUACACAUGUGAACUUCCUGCAGUUUUGAGUAUGUCUUGUAGUAACACAUUUAUCAAUUACAUAUUAAUAGUUGUCUCUGGUUUUGUGUUUGGUUGCACCUCCUUCCUCCUCACCCUUGUGUCAUAUGUGUAUAUCAUUUCAACAAUCCUGAAGAUUCAUUCAGCCAAAGGCAGAAGCAAAGCCUUCUCUACCUGCAGUUCUCACCUCAUUGUGGUUUGCUUGUUUUACCUUUCAGUGUUUUUUCGAUACUUGAAGCCAAGUUCCAAUUCCCUCACAGAUCUGGACAGAGUGAUCUCUGUACCUUGUUUUGACUCCUCUGUUGAAUCCUGUCAUAUACAGUCUUAA